CUUCCGGUUAAGUCUCCCGGCGCCCCCCAGCGUGGGUCGUGACGUAACUUCCGGCGCGUCCGGGCCGAAGCGGAUCGGGGCCGUGGGGCCGCGGAGCCUCCGGGGCGGGGGGGGCCCAGCGGGGCCGGGGCGGUGCAGGCCCUGACGAUGUCGGAUGGGAUCAUGAGCAAAGCCGCCACCAUGGAGAUCCCCAUCAGCAGCAACGGGGAUGCAGGCAGCCUGCCUGAGGACGAUGGCCUGGAGCAGGACCUGCAGCAAGUGAUGGUGUCAGGACCCAACCUCAACGAAACCAGCAUUGUGUCUGGCGGCUACGGGGGCACCGCUGAGGGCAUCAUCCCCACCAGCGCCAUCAAAGCCCCUCCAUUUCCAGGCUGUCUUGUCCAACCUCACUCACCCCGAGGACCAUCCAUCUCCCCCAGUGCAUCUGCCGCCAGCAGGAUGGCCAGCCAGGCUGGUGCUUCAGCAGGCUCCGGGCUUCACCAGCCUCAUCCCAGCCCACCAGUCGGAGGGGAGGAGGUUGUCCGCGGUAUCGCUGUGGAGAAGUUUGACAUUGUCAAGAAAUGGGGCAUCAACACGUACAAGUGUACCAAACAGCUGAUCUCAGAGAGGUUUGGCCGGGGCUCCCGCACGGUGGACCUGGAGCUGGAGACGCAGAUUGAGCUGCUCCGGGAGACAAAGCGCAAGUACGAGUGUGUGCUGCAGCUUGCGCGGGCUCUCACCAACCACUUCUACAGCCUGGUGCAGACACAGCAUGCCCUGGGGGAUGCCUUUGCGGACCUCAGUCAGAAGUCUCCUGAGCUGCAGGAGGAGUUUGGUUACAAUGCAGAGACACAGAAACUGCUUUGCAAGAAUGGUGAAACACUACUGGGAGCCGUUAACUUCUUUGUCUCCAGUAUCAACACGCUGGUAAAUAAGACCAUGGAGGACACGCUCAUGACAGUUAAGCAGUACGAGACAGCCAGGCUGGAGUAUGACGCGUACCGCACGGACCUGGAGGAGCUGAGCAUGGGCCCCCGGGAUGCCAGCACCCUGUGCCGGCUGGAUGCAGCCCAGAGCCAGUUCCAGAGCCACAAGGACAAGUACGAAAAGCUGCGUGCUGAUGUGGCCAUCAAGCUCAAGUUCUUGGAGGAGAACAAGAUCAAGGUGAUGCACAAGCAACUCCUGCUCUUUCACAACGCCAUCUCUGCCUACUUCGCUGGGAACCAGCAGCAGUUGGAGCAGACUCUCAAGCAGUUCAACAUCAAGCUGAAGACCCCUGGUGCUGAGAAGCCCUCCUGGCUGGAGGAGCAGUGAGCCCCCCCAGCCUGCCCCACCUUGUGCUCUAGCCGGGGAAGCCAUGGACCAUAAUUCGGACCUCUGACUGCGGGCGCAGGGCCAGACCACAAUCACGAGUGGUGAGCUGGGGAUGCAGCCUUGGCCCUGCUGCAGCCAGGGGCACUGAUGGGGCAGGGACCUAGUUAGGGGCAGGCAGACUCUGAGUGGGUCGCUCCCCCUGCCUGGAGAGGCCGGGGCUCCCCCAGCCUGCGCCUCCCCCAGGGCAGAGUCCCAUCCUGCCCAGUCCUGUUCUCCCUCCUCAGUGCAGACCCCUUGGUGGGACGGUGGGUGCCUUCCCAGCACCCCGCAGGGCCGGACGCUUCCCUCACCAGGCUGGGGCACUCAGACCCCACCAGGCACCUUUUUGGGAUGGGGUGGGAUGUCCCACCUUUGUGGGAUGGGGCAGGGGGGGUAUGUGGCUCCACGUGUCCCAGCUGCUUUCCCUGCUGCCCUGAGCCAGGCUUCGCAGGGCCAGGCAGGACAUGCCACCACCCUCUGGUAAAAAUAUUUAUUUUGAAAUGAAGACAAAACGGCAGAGGAGUGGCACUGGGACUCCCGGCUCCCCUCCUGGACCCUGAGAGGGGGCAGACGAGGUCCCAGCCCUGCUACAGCUGGUGUCCAAGGCUCCUGUCUGCACCUACCCCAGGCCUGCCCUGUCCCCUCUGGCUGAUCCCUGGUGCUUCCAGGCAGCUACUCUUGCACUCCCCCAGCCCCACACUACACUCCCUUCAGCAGCAGGGCCAGUUGUGCCUGGCUGUCUCCCAGGCUGCAGCACCCGUCCCCUGGCUGGGGCUAUGCCAGCUCCGUUAGUGGACACGGAAGGGGUUGGGCACGGCCCUUGGGCUGAGGGCUGCCUUCCCUGGGGGGCCGUGUUCCCAACCCACGCUGCCUGGGGGCAAGUGGGCAGCCCCACUCCCUGAGCACCCAGAGGCACCCUGAGGGGUGGUGGGAACUCAAACCAAGGACCAAAGGGUGGCUGCAUCCUGGGGACGGUGCAUGUGCAUGUCCGUGUGCGGUGUGGCUGCGCCUCUGCGUGCGGCAGCGCUGGGGCUCUGGCCAGUAUCCCCGGGGUGGGGAGAGCUCAUCCUACUCCAGCUGAGUGUUGCUUCUAGCCCUGCCCCCAUGCAGCACUUGGGCACUUUCUCCUGAGACAAGACAGUUUGUUUUUCUUGCUAAUUUAAUUCCUGGUAAUUUAAUGUCUGGAUCUGACACCCCACCUUUCCUGGUGAAGGUCUGACCCCCUCUUCCCUCCCCACUUCUGUAAGACUCCGGAAUAAAACAAUAUGGAUCCGAAUAAAACAGUACAGAUCAGAAUAAAAUAGCGUGGAUCUCAGUAA